UUUUGAUGAAUUAAUCAAGAUUAUCAAAGAGCAUUUCGAUGAGUUUGCGUAUCUAUGAUAAUCUAAAGAAUGUUUGGAAUCAUUUGAAUAAUGGAAUAUGAUAAAAAGUCAUUAAAUGUGGUGGUGUUCCACUAUAAAAUCAGUGGUGGGAAUAAGAUGUAAGGGUAUGUAGCAUACGAUCGUGUGGAAACGCUAACUUGUUGGGUCACUUUUGGCCAUCAAAAGAAUCUUGUUUAAUAAAUUAUAAGCUUUCGAUCAAGAACGAUAAGUCAAACGUUGUUCAAAAAAGCAAGAAACCAUGGCUUCUGUUCCUCAAUUGCAACGACAGUUUAUCGAGUACACAACAUCUCUGCAUAAUGAGGGAUAUCUCGAUGAUCAAUUCACACAACUUCAGAAACUGCAAGACGAGAGCAACCCGGACUUUGUGGUUGAGGUGGUGUCGUUGUACUUUGAAGAUUCGGAAAAGCUUCUUAACAAUUUGGCAACUGCUCUUCAACAGAAGAGUGUGGAUUAUAAACAGGUUGAUUCUCAUGUUCAUCAGUUUAAGGGUAGCAGUUCCAGCAUAGGGGCACAACGGGUCGCGAGCGUAUGCGUUCACUUCAGAAACUUCUGUGAGGAGAAAAACCUUGAAGGAUGUUUGCGGUGUCUUCAGCAAGUGAAACAAGAAUACAUCCUUGUUAGGAACAAACUUGAAGCCUUGUUCAGGCGUAUGAUGCAGUUGGAGCAACAAAUCUUGCAAGCUGGUGGAUCAAUUCCUAUGAUGGAGUGAGUAGGUUUGUGACUUUGAGAAGUCCAAUGUUUACUUAUGGAAACCUAGUUUGUAGAGAUUAUGUUCCAUACUUAAGAUAUCAGUAUCAACUUGUCAUGUCUUUGACCUGUUAUAACAUUUUUAUUUUUUUGUGAAUGGUGGUUUUUCGCCGUGGUGGUUGUGUUUUUGGCGAAAGGAUGAUGGCUUGUGACUUUUUGGUGUCAUCUUAUCCAUUUUAUUUGUGUUGUCGGUC